GGCGAAUCUUUGCGGUCCAGGAGAAGAGUAAAAUGGAAAGUUGGAAACAACCACGAAAAGAAAAACGAUGAACGAGCAGGAUGACGAAGAUGACGGCGGCGACGAUGUGGCGCCUCGGGGUGCGAGGAAUUUUCCUCGCCUAGCCUUUUUGAGCGAUCCCGUUUCUUCCUGCUUCUUGUUUCUUUCUUUCUUCUCCCCCAACUUGUCUCUCUCUCUAUCUCUGUCUCUCUCCUCCGCAAUUAAAUUUCGCCAAGCCAGCACGCCGCUCGCUUCCGUCCUCUUCUCCGCCGCUCUCUUCGGAGGCGCAAAGGUGUUGCCCGCGCGCGUUACUUCUCCCUCCGCGCGCCCUUCUGAAUUUCCAGCCGUCUCCUCACCAUCGUCUCCUUGCCAUUGGAGCCAGGAGGAGCGUUUCUUGCACAGGCAGCGCCGAGGCCGGGAUGGCGAACCUGACGAGUGGGUUUGCGAGCCUCCAAUGCACAGAGGUGAUGCAUGUCGAGAAAGGGCACAUGCAAGCCUCUGGACUACCGUCUCUCUCUUUCAGAAGAUGCUCCCGGCUUCAUAUCUCUAGACUAGGUAGUAUGCCGCGUUUCAUGGGCGCAAAAUCUGCUACUGUCUCCCAACAACAUGUGAGGCACAGGGUCAGCGCCAUCAGAGCCUCCACUCUCUCAUUCUCUCAAGACGAUAGCACGAAGUACUUCGAUUUCGUGGUUAUUGGCAGCGGUGUUGCUGGCCUAAGGUAUGCUCUGGAAGUUUCAAAGCACGGCUCCGUUGCUAUCAUUACCAAAGCAGAGCCUUAUGAGAGCAACACAAACUAUGCACAAGGUGGUGUUAGUGCCGUCCUAUGCCCCUUAGAUUCUGUAGAAAGUCACAUGAAAGAUACAAUCGUUGCAGGGGCUUACCUGUGCGAUGAAGAGACUGUCAGGGUAGUAUGCACAGAAGGCCCAGAGCGUGUCAAGGAACUAAUUGCCAUGGGUGCGUCAUUUGACCAUGGUGAAGAUGGUAGACUGCACCUUGCAAGGGAAGGUGGACAUUCUCACAAUAGAAUUGUCCAUUCUGCUGAUAUGACUGGAAGAGAGAUUGAAAGAGCACUGCUUCAAGCAGUUGACAAUGAUGAUAACAUAUCUUUGUUUGGCCACCACUUUGCCAUCGAUCUAUUGACAUGUCAGAAAAAUGGUGAAAUCUAUUGUUAUGGAGUGGAUUCGAUAGACACCGAAACCCAGAUGGUAGUCCGUUUCAUCUCGAAAGUAACAUUGCUUGCAUCUGGAGGAGCUGGCCAUAUAUAUCCCACAACAACCAAUCCACCGGUAGCAACUGGGGAUGGAAUUGCAAUGUCUCAUCGUGCUCAGGCUGUAAUAUCCAAUAUGGAGUUUGUGCAGUUCCAUCCAACUGCACUAUCAGAUGAAGGCCUCCCAAUAAAGCCAAACAAAAUAAGAGAGAAUGCAUUUCUCAUAACAGAAGCAGUCAGAGGAGAUGGGGGAAUUCUCUACAAUCGGUCCCUGGAGAGAUUCAUGCCGCUGUACGAUGACCGUGCGGAGUUGGCACCGAGGGAUGUGGUUGCCAGAAGCAUAGAUGAUCAACUGAAGAAGCGAGGAGAGAAGUAUGUCCUCCUGGAUAUCAGCCACAGACCAAGAGAGAAAAUUCUUGCUCAUUUCCCCAACAUCGCAGCCGAGUGCCUGCGGUACGGUCUGGACAUCACGCGGCAGCCCAUACCCGUGGUCCCUGCAGCUCAUUACAUGUGCGGCGGUGUCCGGGCCGGGUUGCAGGGGGAGACCAACGUGAAAGGCCUGUACGUCGCCGGCGAGGUUGCGUGCACCGGAUUGCACGGUGCUAACCGGCUGGCGAGCAACUCACUGCUUGAAGCCCUGGUCUUCGCCAGGAGAGCAGUACAGCCCUCAAUUGAUCACAUGGUGGACGCCGACGCCGACGCCGACCAUUCUUUCGCCGCGAAAUGGGCUCGCCCGAUGCUUCCAUGGUCCCUCGGGGACAGCGUGUUGUCCGACAUCAUCAAGAGGACGAAGCAGACCAGGAUGGAGCUGCAAUCCGUGAUGUGGGAGUACGUCGGCAUCGUGCGGUCGACGGGCCGGCUGAAGAAGGCGGAGUGGAAGAUCGGUGACCUGGAGUCGGAGUGGGAGGACUUCCUGUUCAGGAGGGGGUGGAAGCCUACGAUGGUGGGGAUGGAAGCCUGCGAGAUGCGCAACCUCUUCUGCUGCGCGAAGUUGGUGGUGAAGAGCGCGCUGGCGAGGCGCGAGAGCCGCGGCUUGCACUUCACGGAGGACUUCCCGUACCUGGAGGAGAGCAAGAGGAAGCCGACGGUGCUAUUCCCUGCUGCCAUCCAGGAGCUGACAUGGAGCUCAAAGCCGUUGCAGAGGCAGCUGCAGUGCAAAUAGAUGGCGCACGCAUGCAAUGCAGUUCAUGGAGCUGGAGCUUGAGGACUCUUUGAUUUUAUUGUCAGAACUGUGCUCAAGUAUCCCUUCUUCGUUCGACACUACACUCAUCCAGUCAAGCUGGAGCUGAGAUUCAUCCACUGCUGUCAGGCUGAAGUAGGCUGUUCAGUGAGGUCUGUACUUGCAUGAUUAACCAUUCUUGUCAUUGGAGCUGCACUCUGAACCUUGUUGUGUAGCGUAGGGCUAUAAACUAUAGUACACAUUGAUUCGAUUUGAAGGGCUAGAUGCCCAUCCAAAACUAGAUCAUACCAAUCUUUCUGGAAAAUAUACAUAUCUAUUUCUUCUUCAAA